AGAGUUGCAGCCAGACCAGGAGCUGGAGCCUGAGCUAGAGUUGGGGUUGGAGCUGGAGCAGCAGCAACUAAAGAAGUUGGAAAAAUGCUGGUUAUCUUGGUAUUGCUCACCUCCUUCCUUUCUUUCCUGUUGAUGACAUCUUCAUCUGUCAGGAAGUUUUUCGCUGGUGGGGUUUGUAAAACAAAUGUGCAGCUUCCUGGGAAGGUCGUGGUGAUUACUGGUGCCAACACGGGCAUCGGCAAAGAGACAGCCAGAGAGCUCGCUCGCAGGGGAGCUCGAGUAUACAUUGCCUGCCGAGAUGUACUAAAGGGGGAGUCUGCUGCUAGUGAAAUCCGAGCAGAUACAAAGAACUCCCAGGUGCUGGUACGGAAACUGGACCUGUCAGACACCAAAUCCAUCCGAGGCUUUGCUGAGGGCUUUCUGGCAGAGGAAAAGCAGCUCCAUAUCCUGAUCAACAAUGCGGGAGUGAUGAUGUGUCCAUAUUCCAAGACAGCUGAUGGCUUUGAGACACACCUAGGAGUCAACCACCUGGGCCACUUCCUUCUCACGCACCUACUCCUGGAGCGGCUGAAGGAGUCUGCUCCUGCAAGGGUAGUGAACCUGUCAUCGGUAGUCCACCAUGCUGGCAAGAUCUGCUUCCACAACCUCCAGGGUGAGAAGCACUACAGCCGGGGUUUUGCCUAUUGCCACAGCAAGCUGGCCAAUGUGCUUUUUACUCGUGAGCUGGCCAAGAGGCUCCAAGGUUCGGGGGUCACCACCUACGUGGUGCAUCCGGGCAUCGUCCGUUCCGAGCUGGUCCGACACUCUUUCCUGCUGUGCCUGCUCUGGCGGCUCUUCUCCCCCUUCGUCAAGUCGGCGCGGGAGGGGGCACAGACCAGCCUGCAUUGUGCCAUGGCUGAGGGCCUGGAGCCCUUGAGUGGCAAGUACUUCAGCGACUGCAAGAGAACUUGGGUGUCUCCAAGGGCCCGAAAUAACAAAACAGCUGAGCGCCUGUGGAAUGUCAGCUGCGAGCUUCUAGGAAUCCAGUGGGAGUAGCUGGUGGAAGAGCCACAGCUUUCUCAAUCCCGGUCUACACCACAAUGAAAAGGGGCCAAGGAGAAGGCUGACCCUGACCAACUGCCCUGCUCUGAUCUUUCCAGCUCAACUGGAAGGAAACCUCUGCACACUCCAACUUCUUGUGAGGCUGACUCAUGGUGUGAAAUGUUCACACCCACACAUUACACUUCUAGACUUGGAGGGUCGGUCGUCUUCUGGGACUCAGCAGAUCCCGGCUGGGCAUGUGGGUGGCAGAAGAGCCUGGGAAAUUGGGUCAGUUCCUUCUGUCACCAACACCAGAAACACCAGCCUGCACCCUCGGCUGAUGGAGCAGGAGCCUCAGCAUUACAUGUUUCCGGAGACCAUAGGCUCAAGUUCUUGACUGACCUCUUUCCUCUUUGAAAUACUAGUCUCAGCCCUGGAGUUUGGACCAACUCAGAAAGAUCUUGGCGAACCCUAGCCGAGUUUGAUUCCUUCCUCUCAGCAUCCUGGAGCCACUACUGUGAAGAUGGACCUUCCCAUUUUCAAUCAAAUCAAAUCCAGGAAAAGGCAGGGAAAUAGCUCAGCAAUAACUAGAAUUGGGAGCUCAAGCACCAACAGGAUCCUCUCUUUCAUACUUCGAUUUCUCUGAAUGCAGACUUCAUUCUCUCCCACUAGGAAUACAUGUGAUAAAGAGGAAGAUAAUAGCUAACAUUCUUUCUUUGGGUUUUACCAAGCGCCAGACAUUACUCUAAGAACUUUUCAUGUAUUAACUCACUUAACCCUAUGAAACACGUAUUAUUAUUCUCCCUUUUCAGACAAGGAAACUGAGGCACAGACACAUAAAGCAACUUGCCCAAGGUCACGCAGCUAAGGACAAACAAUUUAAAGACAGGCUAUCCAGCUUUUACUCUCAACCACUGUUAUACUGUGUAUAAAAUCCCUUCCUCAACAUUCAUCUAUUUCUUUUUUUUUUUUAA